AUGUCCCUUCCACCACCCGGAGGAGGUGCAUCGGCCUCAUCGUAUGGUAUUCCAGGUAGGAAUGCGUCUAAUACCAUAUCGAGAGGUUCUGCUUCAUAUGGUAAUAUCGGAUUGGGUUAUUCCAACAGUAGUAACGAGUAUGAUCCUACGUUAGGUGGAUUGGUGGAUGAACCUGGUAAGAUUGAUAAUGGUGGGACUGGGACAGUAACGAAUAACGGUGGAUAUGCAUAUUCGACCACUCUCAGAAGACAAGCUUCAGUCACCGAUGGAUUCCCUCCAUUCCAUCAUUCACCUAGAAUACCUACUACCUCCCUCAGACGGGAUUCUUCAUCCCACGUCCAUGCUGCUUCGCCUUAUAGGUCCCAGCAUAACUUCCCUUUGACAAAUGGUGGAUUGGAUUACCGAGAACCUAUAGAUCAAGAGGAAGAAGGGUUUAUAGGUAGAUUAGUUGGAGUAGGAAAGAGGAUUAUGGGAAAGAAGGAUUAUGAACAAUUGAAGCUGGAGGAAGAAGAUAGGAGAAUACAGACGGAGAGAAGACAGAGGGAAACUCCAAGUGCGAUAUUCGCUCAUAAGACUAUUGAUGAAACCAUUCAACAACUAUCCACUCAUCCUACUCAAGGUUUACCUUCAUCAUCACUCUCAGCCCUCUUAGCUCGAUACGGUCCCAACGAAUUCGAGCUCCCGCCCGCUGACCCACUCUUCCUCAAGUUCGCCAAACAAGUGUACGAGAACCCCCUGAUAUUGCUCUUACUUGGUAGUAGCGUAGUUAGUGCAUUGAUGGGGAAUUAUGAUGAUGCAGCUUGUGUGGUGGUUGCCGUGGGGAUUGUGUUGACUGUCGGCUUCGUGCAAGAGCAGCGAUCUGAGAAAUCUCUAGAAGCUUUAAACAAGCUCGUACCUCAUUAUUGUCAUCUUAUACGGAAUGGCCAUCCCCUCACUCCCUUAGCCAACGCACUCGUUCCAGGAGAUCUGGUCACUUUCUCAGUUGGAGAUCGUAUACCUGCCGAUAUCAGGUUGAUCACUGCUGUAUCAUUAGAAAUAGACGAAUCAGCUUUGACCGGAGAGACUAGACCAGCGAGGAAGAACACCGAUAUAUGUGAGAGGGGCGAAGGUGAAGAUACGCAUGGUGAAGGUGGUGGGAAAGCUUUGGGAGAAAGACAUUGCAUGGCUUUCAUGGGUACACUUGUCAGGAGUGGCCACGGAUCAGGUAUAGUAGUUGGUACAGGCAAAGAUACUGAAUUUGGAGUUAUAUUCUCCAUGAUGCAAGAUGUCGAGGAGAAACGAACGCCAUUACAACUGGAUAUGGACGACCUGGCCAAACGACUCUCACUCUUCUCCUUUGGUGUGAUCGGAGUGAUCUUCCUCAUCGGUGUACUGCAGAAUAGAGAUUGGUUGGAAAUGUUCACGAUAGGAGUGUCACUCGCUGUCGCUGCAAUCCCCGAGGGUCUACCCAUUGUCACUACCGUUACUCUCGCUCUGGGUGUCUUAAGGAUGUCUAAACGGAAAGCUAUCGUCAAAAAACUACCUAGUGUAGAGGCUUUGGGUAGUGUCAGUGUGAUCUGCUCUGAUAAGACCGGUACACUCACCAAAAACGAAAUGACCGUCACGCACAUGUACGCUGUCGAUGAUCUGGUAGAUCUCUCACCAUUGUUGAACGUCACUUCGCCUUUUGGACCCAAACGUCCCGAUCAGCCUGAACUUGCUCGAUCUCAAGCAUUGAAGAAGACCGCUUUGGUUGGAAGUAUAUGCAAUAACGCUUUCAAGAAUGAACAAGGUAUCAACGUCGGCCAAGCUACCGAAGUGGCUCUGCUCAACGUGUUGCCGGUGAUAGGAGUUGAUGAUCAAAGAAGGAACUUCACCCGCAAAUCUGAAAUACCUUUCAGCUCCGAAACGAAAAUCAUGAGUGUCACUGGCUCACUCAACGGCGGCUCCGAUAUGAUCUACCUCAAAGGAGCGGUCGAGCAAGUCCUCUCGAAAUGUCGAUAUUUCUACGUUACCGAUUCCUCUACGCCUUCCUUGGACUCUUCAACGCAGAAGACCAUCCUCGACCGAGCCAACGAAGUAUCUGCAAGAGGGCUGAGGGUCAUAGCUAUGGCUUAUGGAUUCCCCAAGGGCGAAGGGAACGAUCUGAUCUUUGUUGGGUUUCAAGCUAUGAUGGAUCCACCUCGAAAGGGAGUCUCGCAUGCUGUAUCUGCCUUGCAUAACGCUGGAGUUCAGGUGGUAAUGAUCACUGGAGAUGCUGAACCAACAGCGUUGGCCAUAGCCAAACAACUAGGAUUGAAAGUCAACCCUUCCUCAACUUCUGGAAGUCCCAUCAAUCCCUUAGCAGGAGCUUCAAGCUGCAUGUUAGGAACGCAAGUGGACCAAUUGACCGAGAGAGAACUGAUCGAGAGAGUUCCAUCGAUAUCGGUCUACGCACGUACGACCCCUCGGCACAAGAUGGCUAUCGUCAAGGCAUGGCAGAUGCGAGGAGCGGUGGUAGCCAUGACGGGGGAUGGGGUCAACGAUUCACCAGCACUGAAAAUGGCUGAUAUCGGUAUAUCAAUGGGUAAAUCGGGAACGGACGUGGCGAAAGAAGCUGCCGAUGUCAUAUUGGUAGAUGAUGAUUUUUCAUCUAUCCUACCAGCGGUCGAAGAAGGGAAAUCGAUCUUUUACAAUAUUCAAAAUUUCCUUUCUUUCCAACUCUCAACCGCCGUCGCUGCGUUGAGUUUAAUUACAUUAUCGACAUUUUUCAAAUUGGCAAAUCCACUGAACGCCAUGCAAAUCCUUUUCAUCAAUAUUCUAAUGGAUGGACCACCCGCCCAAGCCCUCGGUGUAGAUCCGGUAGAUAAAGAGAUUAUGAGACGACCACCAAGAAAGAAGGGAGAUCAUGUUUUGUCGAAGAGGUUAAUUGGAAGAGUAGCAUUCAGCGCGACGAUGAUUGUACUAGGGACGCUGUAUAUCUAUCUGAGGGAGAUCAGUGAUGGAAGCAUGAGUAAGAGGGAUCAGACUAUGACAUUCACAGGAUUCGUCUUCCUCGAUUUAGUAUCGGCAUUACAAAAUCGUGGACUGACAUGUACGAUCUUCAAGAAUAAAAUGUUAUUUUUAACCAUAUCGAUAUCUUUCUUCGUCCAGUUGUUAUUAAUUUAUUUACCGAUCUUACAACAUAUUUUCCAAACUGAAGCUUUAUCCCUGAGGGAUUUGUUUACGUUGUUAGGGUUGGGAGUGACCAGUGCUAGUUUACAUGAAGUAAGGAGAUGGUAUGAGCGUAAAGGGGUGGAAAGGGAGUUGAUCGCUGAAGGUGGAGGAGGGAGGCUGGUAUGA